GAACCACUCCGAGCCGGUUCUCUGUAGUGCGUGGGUGUUCGUUCGCUUCGAUCUAGCGCGCGAAAUACGUAAAUGUUAAGUCAAUAGUUUGUAGUCGAUGUAAUGUCGAAAAAUUGAUUACUUAAAUUUCAUAAUUCUUAAAAAAUGGGCGAACAAACUUUCAACAUAGAUGAUAAUAACUUAGAACAGCAUAUAGUAACUUUAUUCGAAAAGUUAGAGUGCUUACGAAAGGAUGCGAAUUCGAACAGUGAUAAUGUGUUGGCCGGUAGAGUUCCAGCUAGGCUUGAAGUGCGGACACUCUCGUUAUGGAAGGCUGUUGUGGCUGAAUGUGCGGCGUCUUUCCUCUAUGUUUUUAUUGUGUGCGGAGCGGCGGGCGGAGCGGGAGUUGGCGCGUCCGCCUCAGCUGUUCUCCUCGCCACUGCACUCGCUUCCGGUUGUGCUAUAGCCACACUAACUUUAUGCUUUGCUCACAUAUCUGGCGCGCAUGUGAAUCCUGCGGUCUCCGUAGCAUUGUGCGUACGACGUCGAGUAUCGCCGCUACGAACAGCGCUGUACGUGGCUGCACAGUGUGGAGGCGCCAUAGCCGGCUCUGCUGCUAUAUACGGAGUAAGUGUUCCCGGAUACGCAGGCGGUCUGGCGGCAUCGUUGCCUGGCGGCGGUGUUGCCGGAGCGGGCGCAGCAUGGGAGCGCCUUGGUGCCGAGCUCCUGCUGUCGGGACUUGUGGCUGCCGCCUAUUUUGCUGCGAUGGAAAGAAGAUGGACUGGUGCAGCACCCGCACUUCUUGGUGCCGCAUAUUGUGCUGCGAGCUUUGUAUCUAUGCCAUCAUUAAACCCUGCUCGGUCGUUAGGGCCAUCAUUUGUCCUGUCUCGCUGGGAAAGUCACUGGGUUUGCUGGGUCGGUGGCAUCGGAGGAGGCAUCGCUUGUGCACUUCUCCAUGAAUGGGGCACGCGGCGACCGCGGGCUAACUCCAACUCUCGUGCCUCCUCACCACGAGACCUUGACGAACUGGACAAGCCGGCCUUUCCUUCUCAUCAUCAUUACCGCCAUGCGCCGACUUACUGCUCUGCAGCGGCUCCUAGACCCGACACAACAGAGCCGCUGUACUCCGGCACCAAGUCACUCUACUGUCGAUCCCCACCGCCGGCUCGUCACACUCUCCACAGGUCUGAUGGAUCCACGUGUCAAACGUCCCAGUCGGUGUACAGCAAGAGCAGCGGCGCGGGCGCGGGCGGAGCCGUCGGCGCCAGCGUGGCGCAGGCCGGCGCCGCGCUGGCGGGCGCGCAGUCGCUGCUGCUGCGGCCGCCCGCGCACACCGUCACCAUGAACCAGAACGUGCACAACGCGCAGCGCGAGCCUGCCUACGGGGCUGCUAACGGCGUGCGGCCCGGACCCACCGGCGCCGCGGUGCAGGAGCGGCGCGAGUCGGUGUACGGCGGCAGUCGGCGCGGGCCGCUGUCGUCGGAGGACAGCGCGUACGGCAGCUUCGCGCCCGCGCGCGCCUACCGCCCGCCCGAGCACUACUAGCGACGCGCCUCGCAGCACAAUAUUGCGCUGCUCUUCGACGUCUGAGCGCUCGGCCCGGCGAACGUGUGCGCGUGAGGCGCGGGCCUCGUGCCGCGAACUUGUGCCCCGUGACGUAAACUUGUGCCGUGAGGCUCCGACCGUGUGACUCGUGACGUGAACUUGUACCCAAAUGGUGUAGGAAUGUGCACCGAUAUUUCGAUGACGUGUACACUUUUCGUAAGCUGUUAAAUGCUCCCGGAUUUAAAUUACAUUUUUACACUGUAGCGCACAUUUGCUGACGGAGUCUAUAAACACGUCAGGUUAACCAGACUUAUAUUGGUUCAUAUACCUUAUACUUAUUGAUAAUUUUUUAACCGCUUUAUGCAUCUCUACUUGAACUACUUGUACUGUGUACUUACCAAUUUAACAAAGUGAUGACGGUGAAUAUAUAAAAAUGAGCAAUUCGAUAUUAUUGUUAAAUUUUUGUAAUUGUAGUCUCUAUCAUAUUUAAAUUUUACUUUAGAUAUAAAUAUAAAGACAACCUGUUAUAUAACUAAGACUUAAUGAAAAAUAGUUGAUAUUUGUAAUAGUUUCUAUGAAAAAUAAUCUAGUGAUAAAAUUACCAAUUUUAAACUUAAUCAUACAUACUAGUAGAACGUUUGUAAUUAAACAAAUAUUACUACAUAACAUUCAAUUCCAGGCUCUUAUAACAUUAACAAAACAAAUAAAUAUUUCUUCAACAAGAAUCACACAAAAUACUCGUUGCUAUUACCAGUGGAUAUUAUCUCUAGCGGCAAUUCGCCGAACUAUCUUAUGAAAUAUAAAGAACACUUAUUGUUUUGUUUUGCGUUAGUUGUACAAACAGUCACAAUGGAAAUCUAUUCACCUGUUGUGACAGAUUUUUUCAAUAAAUUUAAUUAUUAUUUCGUAUAUGUACCAAAGGACCAAAUAAUAGUUUUUUUAAGACUUCCGUUACCUUACGGUAUUUUUAGAAAAAGAAGAAAUAAAUAAUAACCAUGCUAUAAAUAUAUCUAUGUAUCUGUGGCCGAGAUGGCCUAGUGGUAA